CGAAAAAAAAAAAAAAAACCAAAACGAAACUCAUCAGCAUUCAUCUGAGAUUUUGCUUUAACUUGCUCCCCAAGCUACUAAACCCUAUGUCUUUCACUAAUUUUUGGGUUUGAAUUUCAUUUCUUUUUGUACAGCCAUGUACUCGAUUAGGCAGAGACACUACUCCGUUCUUACCAGAGCAGAGAUUCGUGAGAAGAUGAUGAAAGAAGUCGUUCAGAUCUCUCAAGACUUCUCUCUGUCCCUAUCCGACGCAACCGUAAUCCUAGUCCGUCUUCGCUGGAACUCGUUCAAGGCUUCAGAUCUUUUGAAAAACGACAAGGACAAGUUCCUGUCGGGACUAGGUUUGGUUGGAUCAUCCAAUAAGUCUUCUUCCGGAGAUGCUAAUCUCGUCUCCACGCCUUUCUGCUCACAUAAGUUCUGCACAGAGUGCUGGAGACAUUAUCUCAGGAAAACACUAAAGAAGAAAGAGGACGAGAGAGUACUACUUGUCUCUUGCUUGAGCCAAGACUGUGUCGCGUCCGUUGGACCGGACACGAUCAAGAAACUCACAAAGCCGGUGAAGAAGAUGUACGAGAGAUACCUUGUAGCAUCUUUUGUGGAGAGCAACAAGGAAACGAUCAAAUGGUGUUCUGACGGUGACUGCGGCUACGCCAUCGAGCGUCAUGCGGAGGAUCCAUCAGAAGACUUUGGUGUGGUGUGUUUGUGUGGUAGCAUGUUCUGUUGGAGUUGCCAGCGUGAGUCACACCGACCCGUGACGUGCAACACUGCUUCCUUUUGGUCGUCUAAACUAUUGUAUAAAACAAUGAGGCUUCAAAUGAUCGCUGAAAGGAUCACACAUUGUCCUGGAUGCAACAGUCGUGUGGAAAAUCAAGAUGGAAUAUGGAAAUGCACUGUCUGCUCUGUUUCCCAACCAAGCAAUGAGUCGACUCUUAUACGUCUCAUGACACUCUGUGAUGCACGUUAUGAGGCAGUAUAUCAAUCUAACCAAGAUCUUAAAGCGAUUAAGCGAAAGAGCGUUCCAACACUAACCGCUCAUUGCGGUUUAGGAGAGGUAGACAUUAAGGCUCUGAGAGAAGCAUUGAUUCUUAUUGUUCAAUACAGACGUGUUUUGAGAUGGAGUGUGUUUGGUUAUUUCAUAAGCCAUUACCAUAUCUCAAAGAAGCUGUACCUGGAUCGGCUUCAGGAGAAAGCUACGGCAACUCUUGUUACGCACAAAAGGACUCUUGAUGAGUUGGUGAAUGGAGUCAUCUCAGGUGGAGAUAUCACUGUCUUCAGGCAAAAACUGAGUGAGACAACAGGAACAACUCGUGACUACUUCAGUUUCUUUGUAAAGACUCUUGAAGAUGGUUUGUGUGAUGAGGAUGUAUAACCACUUAUUGAUUACUGGUUCUGCGAUCGCUGCACGUUUCUGAGGAUGGUGGUGCUUAUGAGGAUGUAUAACCACUGAUUGAGUGAUAAUGAUAUGUGUUUUCCUGGUUUCAUUUAGAUUCUCUUUUGUUUUUUUUUUUUCAUUUGGGGUUUAAGACUUGAUCAGAGUCUGUUUUAUGUUUCCCUAUUACAUAAUAACACAUGUUAAGUUUGUUUGUGUAAGUUGUGGAUAAACUUUUUUCCCGAAAUCGGAUUAAUCAAGUUAG